AUGUCUCAAGGUAUAACGAUCUGUGGCCAUGAGAUUGAACUACCCAAAUCUGGACAGGACCUGGUUAUUGUCAAGGACAGAGGAGGGAAGGCGUACACUUUACAACGCUAUGAUGGCGUCUAUUAUAACAUCUUCUACAGCGUGGCUCACCUUAAGCAAAUCAAAGGAUUUAAACUCCGUUCGGAUGACGUCUACUUUGCUGGAUAUUUGAGGACAGGCACACACUGGACGUAUGAAAUCAUGAGCAUGCUCCUGAGGGGGAAAUCUGAAACCGCCGCUCUCUGGAAAGGGAUGAACCAAUUAGAGAUUGUGGAAGCUGCAGCGCUGGACGCACUACCGUCUCCACGCAUAUUAAAUACUCAUUUCAAUUUGCUCCAUGCUCCCGAUGAUCUUAAAGAGAAGAAAUGCAAGAUUGUGUAUACCCUCAGAGACACCAGGGAUGUUGCCGUGUCCUCGUAUAACCUGAGUCGUAGUGGGUCUGUUGUGACCAACUACACUGGAGACUUCAAGGAUUAUCUUUACCCCUUCCUUGAAGGGAAGGUUGACGUUAAUGGGUACUUUGAUCACAUGAAGAGUGCUGAAAAGUAUCUUCAGCAACAUCCAGACAUCCCUGUUCUCACAGUAGUAUAUGAGGAGAUGCUUAAGAGCAAAAGAGUCUACCAGCUGAGUAUCGUCUGCAAACGAAUGGUGAGGAGUGUCAUACUUGUCGGAUAUGUCGGUCAAGGAUGUCAUGUAAAGGAGGAAGAGGAUGGGCCCCAGAACAGAUCCCUGCGGAACUCCACAUGCGUGAGUGGCGAUUGGAAGAACUGGUUCACUGACGAAUUGCUGGAGGACUACUUCCGUGUGUACGAAGAACAAAUGGCCAACUCAAGAUUCUAUCGUGAAGAAUACGGACGACAGAAGUAG